UGUAUACAUUAAGUAAAAAGCAUUGACUCGGGUUCCAGAGUCACUCACAGAAGUAUGUCCUGUACGUUGCUCUGUUCGCUGACUCCACAAUAAGCUCUUUAUGUUCUCGGUGUGUGUAUUCGCCUUUUGGUUUUUUUUUUCCUCCUUUUCGUUUUGUUCUAUAGUUUCGUUUCUUGUCCGUCCGGCGGUUCACCUGAUCGGACGGAAGGCUGUCCGUAACCGGCAAUUGUGGAGUAUUACCACCCGUAGACUGAGUUGGAGAAGUUCGAAGUACAGAUUGACAGCACGAAGUACUCGAUGAAUUUCAAAGAGACUGAGUAAGAACGAAUGAGGAAUCCUCGCUUGCUCAC